AAUGGCGGGAAAAGAUGAGUGCUUUCUUUAGGGUUCGCUCCUUCGCAGGCGUUUUCCCUCCUAGUCUUGUAACUGUAGUCGAUCAGAUUGCAUUUUUCGUUACUGUUUGUUGUUGUCAUGGAGAUCGAUGAUUUGGACGAUGGAGAGUUUGCAUUUUCGAGGAACUAUUUUCUGGCUAAGGAAUUGGGUGGCUCGAGUAAGAAAUCUGCUCGGAAACUUUCCGAUAUCGACGUCGUUGACGAACAGGAACUGAGGGCGGCGGCGGCGAAUGUUCAGCCUAAGCACGAGAAAGAGAUUGCGGCUUUGAUAUCCAGCUACAAGAGUUUGUACUCGAAAUGGGUUUUUGAGCUGAGAUGCGGUUUUGGCCUUCUAAUGUAUGGAUUUGGGUCUAAGAAGGCCUUGAUUGAAGAUUUUGCUUCGACUUCAUUAACGGAUUAUUCUGUUAUAGUAGUCAAUGGCUAUCUUCAAUCAAUCAAUAUUAAACAGGUUGUAGUAGCCAUAGCUGAAAUUUUAUCAGAUCAGUUAAAAUCCCGACUCAGAAAUGCAUCCGGGAGCACCCCUAAAAUUCAUCAGCCGUUUACUUCACGAUCAAUGGACGAUAUUUUCUCAUUUUUGAAUGGAUCGAAUGAGGAAGACAAGGAUUGUUUUGUAUGCGUUGUGAUACACAACAUCGAUGGACCCGGGUUAAGAGAUUCUGAAACGCAAGAGUAUCUUGCACGAGUUGCUUCUUGUUCCUAUGUUCGAAUUAUCGCCUCCAUUGACCACGUGAAUGCACCACUCUUGUGGGACAAGAAGAUGAUUCACACACAAUUUAACUGGUUAUGGUAUCAUGUUCCUACAUUUGCACCUUACAAGAUUGAAGGGAUGUUCUUCCCUUUGAUUCUUGCACAUGGUGGUACCGCUCAAAGCGCAAAAACUGCUACAAUAGUCUUACAGAGUUUGACACCCAAUGCACAAAGUGUUUUUAAAGUUCUCAUAGAACACCAACUAUCUCAUCCUGAUGAAGAAGGUAUGCCGAUCAAUAGCCUAUACACGAUUUGUCGGGAGCGGUUCCUAGUCAGCAGCCAGGUAACACUGAACUCCCAUUUAACCGAAUUUAAGGACCACGAGUUGGUGAAAACCAGAAGGCAUUCUGAUGGUCAAGAUUGCUUGUACAUACCUCUUCCGUCUGAAGCACUUGAAAAACUAUUAAUGGAGUUGAGAUAACAUUUUCAUAUUCUUUCUGUAUGCAUCAAUAGAGAUAUUGUAUGUGUGUAAAGUUUUAUAUGUGUUGUGGUCCUGAGGAGAUUUUUCAUUUUCUUUCCACCCUAUAAUGUCACUAUUUAGAUAUUUAAUGGAUAUUUAUCACUUUCAAAUUGAAGACAGAA